GAAAAAUGAAGAGAAACGGAAAAGGUCUCUGUCUCUCCCAAGUCCUUCCUUCCUCUUCAAUUCUGUUGCUCAGAGAGGUCGCUCAUGCUACCUUGACCUGAGCUGAUUCCUUCACCUUCUAGGCCUCGGAGAGAUCUCAAGCAUGGAGGCUCCUGCCAGUCCUUUGGACGGCACCAUUUUGAAGCUUCCAGGAAAGCUCGACAGGCUACUGCGCCAUGGCUGCGCCCUGCCCAAGGGCGCGGCGGAUGAGAUACCCCUCAUCAAGCUUGACCUCGAGAAAAUCAAAGCUAUUUCCUCAAACCUGCAGGAGGACGACCAUGCUAUGAUGGUCAGGUGCUGGAGGAAGGAGGUGCGCGAGCUGUCAUACGACAUGGAGGACUUCAUCGACCAGUAUGAGCACGCCGCUGCCAUGAACUGUGCUAGCAGAUCCAUUCGCGGCCGGGAGAUUAUUACUCGGCGGCGUAAGAACAAGACGAGUCUCCCUUGGAUCCGGGAAAAGCUGAGGCAGCGCCUGUGGAUGGCCAACAAGAUCAGAGAAUUCAGCGAGCGCGCACAAGAGGCACUUGAGCGCCACAGGUUGUAUAACCUUGACGCCAUUGCAGGCUCUGCUUCCUUGAGAUGUAUUGAUGAUGCAUAUCCUACCUCUUGGAAUGGCACACCGUGUGGGGAAGAUAAGGCCUAUGUUGGUAUCGAUGCUGCUAUGGAAAACCUCGAAGAGUUGCUGUCGAUGACGCAUGAUCAAGAGCACCAGAAGCUUAAGGUUGUGUCAGUUGUUGGGUUUGGAGGAAUCGGUAAGACAACACUUGCCAUGGAACUUUACCGCAAGCUUGGGCAGCAGUUCGAAUGCCGGGCAUUUGUGCGGACUGCCCAGAAGCCUGACAUGAGGAGGAUUUUCAUCAGCAUGCUCUCCCAAGUUCGUCCACACCAGCCACCUGACAAUUGGACAGUACAUGGCUUAAUUUCCACCAUCAGGACACAUCUGCAAGAUAAGAGGUACUUGAUUAUAGUUGAGGAUUUAUGGACUACAUCAACAUGGGACAUUGUUAAACACGCUCUACCAGAAAACAAUUGUUGCAGCAGAAUACUAACAACAACAGAAAUUGAGGAUCUAGCUCUGCAAUCUUGUGAUCAUGACCCCAAGUAUGUUUAUAAGAUGCAACCGCUUGGUGAAGAUAACUCAAGAAAAUUGUUUUUUAGUUCAGUUUUUGGCCCUCAAGAUGAAUGUCCUCCGGAACUCAGGGAAAUUUCUCAUGAUAUUAUUAGGAAAUGUGGUGGUUUACCACUGGCUAUUGUGACUGUUGCCAAUAUUUUAUCAAGUCAGCCAGGCAAGCAAGAUCGAUGGGAUUAUGUCAAUAAAGCCAUAGGUUACAGUUUGUUGACGAAUCCUACCUGGGAAGGGAUGAAACAAAUCUUCGACCUUAGUUACAACAAUCUUCCCCAGCAUUUGAAAGCAUGCAUCUUAUACACUGGUUUGUAUGAAGAGGACAUUAUAAUUUGGAAGGAUGAUUUAGUUAACCAGUGGAUAGCUGAAGGUUUUAUCCAAGCAACAGGAGGGCAAGACAAGAAGGAAAUUGCAAGGUCGUUCUUCGAUAGGCUUAUCAAUGGAAAACUGAUCCUUCCUCUAGAUGUAAAUAGAAAUGGUGAGGUUUUGUCCUGCACGGUUCACCACAUGGUACUAAAUCUUGUUAUUAGAUGCAAGUCAAUAGAAGAGAAUUUUGUCACCGCAAUACAUCAUUCUCAAGCAACAACCACACUCGCUGACAAGGUUCGUCGACUGUCUCUUCAAUUUGGUAAUGCAGAAGAUGCAAUAACCCCAACAAAUAUGAGACUGUCACAUGUACGAACUCUUGCCUUUUCGGGGCUCUUCAAGUGUUUGCCUUCGGUUGUGCAGUUUCGUCUUCUUCAGGUUCUAGUUCUCCAUUUUUGGGCCGAUAAGGAUAGCAUCAGCUUUGACAUCACUAGAAUUUCAGAACUUUUCCGACUGAGAUAUUUAAAGGUCACAACUAAUGUCACUUUAGAACUACAUCCCCAGAUGCGAGGUCUGAAAUCUUUGGAAACACUUAAAAUUGAUGCAAGAGUUUGUGCUGUUCCAUCAGAUAUUGUUCUCUUGCCAGGCUUGCUACAUCUUAGUCUUCCUGCUGAGACAAGCCUGCCCAAUUGGAUUGGCUGCAUGACACCACUUCGCACGCUUGGUUAUUUUGACCUCAGUAGUAAUUCGAUACAGAAUGUUAAGAGCCUUGUCAUGCUGACCAAUCUCGGAGAUCUUCAGCUCACCUGUUCUACAGUACAGCCAGAAAAUCUGAAUAGCAAAUUGCAAUUCGUGCUGACCACGAUUGUUGGGAGACUCAGUAACCUCAAGUCUCUGACUCUGGCACCAAGAGCUCCCAGUUAUGCAAAAUCUAUUGGUGCUACGGGCAUGACCGUUCAUGGUGGCUUCAGCAGUUUGUCCCCUGCCCCAUCUCUUCUUCGGAGUCUUGAGGUUUCGCCUCAAAUUUGCAUAUUCUUCUACACCCCUAAGUCGAUCGGACAACUCCGCAAGCUCUGCAUCUUAAAGUUUGGGGUUAGAAAAAUAGACAGGGAUGGUAUUGAUGUUCUCAGAGGAUUGCCUGCUCUCGCUGUUCUCUCCCUGUAUGUCCAGACCAAGCCUGCAGCAAGGAUAGUCAUUGGGAAGACAGGAUUUCCGGUUAUAAAAUACUUCAAGCUGAAGUGCUGUGACCCUUUUCUGAAAUUUGAGGAGGGCGCUAUGCCUAAUCUCCUCAAGCUGAAGCUUGCUUUCAAUGCCAGCAAUGCUGACCAACAGAGCACAAUACCUGUCGGCAUCGAGUACUUGUCAGAGCUGAAAGAGGUAUCUGCAAAAAUUGGUGGUGUUGGUCCUGAGGAAUCCCACAGAAGGCCUGCCGAAUUGGCAUUCAGAGAUGCCUUCAGGGUGCAUGCUAGCGUUCAGAGAGUCAAUGUACAAUGUGUAAAGCAGAUCAUUGAAUGUAAGGAUGAUCAGAGUAGCUUAACAACAGUGGAGUAUUCGCCUGCCCCGGCCGGGACGAGCCUCCUCUCCAGCGGUUGGGCCCACGUGUCAGUGGCAGCGAGUCCCUAUGAACCGCAGACGGCGCGCUGGAACUGCCCAAGAGAGAGAACGGUGACAGCCUCGCCGCACCGCGACGGGUACCAGUGGAGGAAGUACGGCCAGAAGAGGAUCCCCGAGACACAGUUCCCGAGGUGCUACUACAGGUGCACAUUCCACCGCGAGCGCAGCUGCCGGGCCACCAAGCAGGUGCAGCAGUGCAGCGUCGGCGACCUGUGCAACCCGCCCCUGUACGGCGUCAUGUACUUCAACCAGCACACGUGCGACACGAUGGCCGGCUGCGAGCCCGAGGCGGCGGCGAACCCGGCGAUGCCGGCUGGCCUGUCCGGGGCCGGGCUGGUGGCCCGCCAGGGCGGCUCGCUGUCGCUGGGGCUGGACGAACGCGGCGUCCAGGAGGAGCACGAGCGCCAGGCGUUCGUCUCGUCGCUCGUGUACGCUGGCGACGACGACGAGCUCCCGCAGUCGUCCGCCGGGGGCCGCGGGACCACCAGCUCCGCCGUCACCUUCGACGUGGCCAAGGGUGGGGCUUCGUGCGCCGGAGCGGGUGGGGAUGCAGCCGUGCCCGAAACAGAAGCAGGUGAUAGUCCUGGCGUCGAGGAUUGGUACCUGAGUCGCCCGGAAUGAUAAAGGCUACUCGCAAUGGACUAUAUGCAUUGAAGAGGCAGUUUUAAAACCAUUUGAUUUACUUAUUUCUUACGUGGUUAUCUUGGAAACAUUAAUAUGAAACCUCCAUUGAAAUUAACCUCGUACGCUCAUUUUCACCGGCACUGGCCGGCUCUAUCCAGAAAGAACCAGGCUUCAAAACAGAGCAUCUCCUACAGAGUGGUCUCGGUACAUGGAGUUCACUGAUCGUAAUCACAGAAGAAUCAUAACAUGGGACCAAUGGAAUGCCAUCUGCCAUCUCAUGUUGGACGAGUCUGAUCUUUCAAACCAAAUGCGUCAACCACAGGCGCACGCAGCUAAUGUUAACGAGACUUUACAUGGAACUGUAGAGCAUUGUAAACCCAGGACAGGAGAAUGUAGGACUGUCAAAAUCUGAAAGAGCCCCCAAUUGUUAUCGUUUAAUAGA